AUGGCUCUCAAAUCAGCAAAAAUAAUUUGGGAUUAUCUGAAGGAAGAAUACAUAGGAGAUGAAAGAAUACGGGACAUGAAAGUUUUGAGUUUGAUAAGGGAAUUCGAGUUGCAAAAGAUAAAGAAAUCUGAGACCGUCAAAGAGCACUCAGACCAACUUCUGAGCAUUAUUAACGAGGUAGGAUUGCUUGGCACUAAAUUUAAAGAUUCGAGAAUUGUUGCAAAAAUUCUUGUUACAGUGCUUGAAAGAUACGAAGUAUCUAUAACUAUCUUGGAAAAUAUAAAAGAUUUGUCCAAGAUCACUUUGGCAGAAUUAUUAAAUGCAUUGCAGGUACAAGAGCAAAAGAAGCUUAUGAGGCAAGAUGGCAUGGUUGAAGGAGUAUUAACAACCAACCACAAAACUCAAAGCAAAGGUAAAUUCUUGAAGAAUUACCCACCUUGUAAGUACUGUGGCAAAAAUGGACAUCCAACAUAUAAAUGUUGGAAGAGGCCAGAUGCAUAG